AUGAUAUACUGGGCGGGUUUACGAGGUGCUGUGGGUGUUGCCCUUGCGGCAGGUCUCACAGGCAACAACGGCGACACUCUCCGUGCCACUGUUCUGGUCGUAGUCGUCUUGACUGUGAUCAUCUUUGGAGGUACUACGGCUCGUAUGCUAGAGAUACUUGGUAUACGUACCGGCGUGGUGGAGGAAAUUGAUAGCGACGACGAGUUCGACAUCGAAGUUGUCAACGGCGGCACCUACACGCGCAACAAAGGCCAAGGCUUUGGACAUACGCCACGCCCCAGUUCUAAUGGAUUCAGUUUGAACGAUGUCAAUGGAUCAAACUCCACAUACUCUAGCGGCGCAUUCAACCGACAUCGAGGCAGUCCACCAACACGUCCAGAAGGCCUCGCUACGCGCCGUAAUUCAAGUCGUUUACGUCAGGCCGACGGCGCAGAUCAGAAUCUUCUUAGCCCUGCAGACAGUGGCUCCGCUGAUGAUGAUGAUGAUGAUGACAUCGAUCUGGACCUCCCACCCAAUGCGCGUCGAUCACCAAACCGUGUUCCAUCACCGCACAACGCAUCAACAGACCCAUCUCCAUAUCCAACAUCAGGCAACAGGCCAUCGGGCUUUGCAGAGGGCUCAAGUAGGGUCGCAAGUGCAACGGGGGCGGUGAAGCAGCUGCUCACGGACAUCAGUCACGACCCUGCAAGUGCCUUCAAGCAAAUUGAUGAUGGCUUCUUGAAACCACAUCUGUUGCUUGACCCUGGAACCGGGCCAGGACCCAGCAAUGUCUGA